AAAAAAUAAAUAAAUUACAUUUCAAACAACCUGACACCAUGUACUAUGUUCGUCCAUUGCAAAAAUUCUGUAAAGGUGAAGUUAAACUGUUAAGUAAAUUACCUAAGAUGACAUAUCUAAAAACUAGCAUACACCAACACACUCUCAAUGCGAAAUUGUGAGAAUUCUAAAUGUGCCUAAUUCGUAUGAUAUCGUGCUACUGCACUCGUUUGAAUGCCUACGACAUCGUUUCCAUCACAAUACUUGCUUCUGUCACAUACAACAGCUUCCUAUUAUGUUAACACGCUCUACUGAUUAAGUAUGUCCUUAACGCCUCCUUUGCCCGUGCUAAAUUACACAAAGUUUCGUUAGAUAAGGUGCGAGGACGGCGGUAAUUAUGUGGAUUAUUCGCUAUGUCAUGAUUAGUUGCGUCUGUAGCUAUGCGGAUAGAGCGCCCGCUGGUUGCUAUGCAGCGCAGCGCGUGUUGCCCACAGUUGCCAGGGAAGAGCGAACGUGAUGGAGGGGGUGGUCGCAUUGUCUUUCGGGACGGUGGCGGUGUGUGAAUAGCUUGCCAUCUGUCAGAAACGCUCGCUGAUCCCCUGGUUUGAGUUUCUAACAUGAUAGAUUAUUAGGGUACGAAGUAAACCAAUAACUGAGAUUCGAAAGCUUUGUUGAUAGCACAGCUCCCUUGUUCCCCUUCGUUUCGUUCCGAAAAGGUAAGACAAGCCAACCCUAACUAGCUAGAGCAAGUGCUUGUUGCAUUCUGCCGGCGCGUGUUGGUGAGGAGUGGCGCGGUGUUUCAUCACGGAUUGGCCGGCCGGUGCAGAGCCAAAGGCAGCCGAUGACUUCGGAGAGUAGCAGUCAACCUCAACGGAAGGAGGAGUUCGAGCCGGGACCAGUCGCCCGAGAUCAAGAGGAGAAAACCGGCCAGGACGAAGGCGGCAUGGUGACCACCAAGGGGACCGGUCUGAAUCCCAAUGCUAAAGUGUGGCAGGAAGUGUCUGCACCUACUAACCAGGCUUCAGAGGUGGAAACAGAGACUCCCCAUUGGCCACAAGCAGAUGCUGCCUCCACUGAAGAGUCAGAGGGCUUCAAGGAAUGCAGUGUUGGCUAUGGCGACUCUGAAUCAGCCCCUCCUUUAGAAAGCAGCAUGUUGAAUGGCAUGGAGUCCGCAGAACUGGCUUACCCUCUCUAUGAAGCAGUGAAAGGAGAGGUGGUUGAGGAGCAGCUGCCUCUGUCCGAGGAGAGUCUGAAGGAGUUACUUAAGAAACAGCUGGAGUUUUGCUUCUCAAGGGAGAAUCUGUCAAAGGACCUUUAUCUGAUAUCUCAGAUGGACAGUGAUCAGUUUGUCCCUAUUUGGACCAUUGCAAGCAUGGAGGGUGUCAAACUGCUGACCACUGAUAUGGACCUGAUACUUGAGGUGCUACGAGCCUCUCCCGUGGUGCAGGUGGAUGAGAAGGGUGAGAAGGUUCGGCCAAACCACAAACGAUGCAUCAUUAUCCUCCGAGAAGUCCCUGAGACCACACCUGUAGAGGAGGUGGAGGCGCUGUUCAAAAGUGAGAAGUGUCCGCAGGUCAUCAGCGUGGAGUUUGCACACAAUAACAACUGGUACAUCACAUUCCAGUCUGAUACUGAUGCACAGCAGGCUUACAGAUAUUUACGUGAGGAAGUCAAAACAUUUCAGGGCAAACCAAUCAUGGCUCGCAUCAAGGCAAUUAACACAUUCUUUGCUAAGAAUGGUUAUGGGGUAGUUGAUUCUGUGGUGUACUCUGCUGCUCAAUCCCAGUACUCCUCUCCAGUCUACCUGCAGCAGGUAUACCAGCCCCAACAGCAGUACCCCCUCUACAGCCUCCUGCCACAGACAUGGACCCCCUCACCAACCCCUUACUUUGAAACUCCUCUGGCUCCAUUUCCCAACAGCACAUUUGUAAAUGGAUUUGGCACAUCAGGAAGCUACAAAGCUGGCUCAUCUCCAAUCGGCCUUACACGCAACUACACCAGCAACCGGAAUCGUGUAAAGCCACAGCUUCAUGCUGAUGUUGGUAAGCUGACAGAGACUUUGUCCGGUACCGGCAGUCCUCAGUCCCCAUGCACUCCCACUUCCGACACCAGCACCUCCACCCUCACCCCGCUCUCUGAACCGCCAAAUUCCCCCAGAGAAAACCACCACUCAGAUCUAGGCAUCAACAACCGGACCAGGAGAGGAAGCUACCGUGGCAUGAGGAGGAGAAGAGAAGAUGAAAGAACGAGGCAGCAUAUUGAAACUGAGGUGAAUACUCCGUCCCCUAAGUUUGACCUUGCGACCACAAACUUCCCACCAUUGCCAGGAGGUGUGCCGAACUGUCUGCCAGCUGUGGCCGUGCCAACAGAGUCGGUGUUGGAAAAUCGCAUGGCAGACGUUGUUAAAGGCAUCAACAAGGACAAGCCGGACUCGAUUAAGCAAGAUGUUUGUCAAGAUCCUGGAACGUGUCAAUUGGAAGCGCAGUCGACUGCAUCCUCCAUUACAGCUUCAAAGAUACCCGCCCCUCAACAGGACACACCUGCCACUAGUGAGUCACGUCAAGUGAAGAAACUAGAGAAGGGGGUUCAGAUCUCUGACACACCUCCCAACCCAGCAUCAGUGGCCACAAACCUAGCACCAUCUAUUCCUGUCCCCAAACUGUCAUGCAACCAAACAAAUUCAAGCACUGCAACAACUUCUGUACCUACUAGCAUAACUGUGCAGGAGCCUCGGAAGCUUAGCUAUGCAGAGGUGUGUCAGAGACCACCUAAAGACCCACCCCCCGCACCGGCCAGCCCAACCCCCUCUCCCAACACAAACCAACCACUACGUGAGCUUCGUGUCAACAAAGCGGAAGGCCCAGCCUCAUCCCACUGCAGUACCAAUGAGAAACUGGAGAAAGGAAAUGGGGAUCGGACAUCUAGAGAGCAGACUGGCUACCAACGUGGUAACUGUCCCAGAGGGUCAGGCUUUAAGCUCCGAGAGCAACAGAGACGGCCCCCUCAGCGUCGACGAUCCUCUCCACAGUCAGGGUAUAACAGACGCAGUGGAAAAGAACAAAACAUCCCACCCAGAUUGCCAAAGUAAUUUCUGCUAUGCCCACAACACAUGAAAACUUGUAUGUAUACUUGUAUACAUAUUCUAUAAAACAAAGCAAAAAUAUAUAAAUAUAUAUAUAAAUCUACAUAUAAAACUGGACUGUUGCACUGUGGUGUCGAAGAAACCUCUGCUUCCUUAAAGACUUUGUCAUCUGGAAAGUUGGUCCUUAUACAGGAGAAAACUAGCAAUUUAAGGAAGAAACAAACCUCAAACUUGAAUGAAAAAUGGAGACCAUGCUUCCUCUGUUUUAUUUACAAAGGUUGAUUAGCUUGAGAAUGGAUUUUGAUUUUACUUGGAGUGUUUUUGGUCCUGGCACUAGUGUACAAUGCUGUAAAUUUUUAUUGUCUGUAAAAACUAUAUACUUUUGGUAAAAAAGUACUGUUGGUGAGAAAUUUAGCCAGCACAUGUUCUGUAUAUGCAACAAAUCCCACUAAGACAGCAAGACGUUGCUCACCGGUCCAUAUCUCACCUGUUUUUAUGUAUUUGUUAGUUCCUGUGUUUGCACCUGUCCUAAAUAAGGGCUGGGAAAAAAAUAUAUUUACAAAUGCAUCACCGUGCUUUCUCAAAUGAUUCUGUCAAUGCACAAAAGCUCAAUUGAAAUUUUUGCUUUUUAGAGAAAGCUUACAGAGUACAAAUAUUACACAUAAGAGCCAAAAUGUGUGCAAAAUCUGCUAAAUUCACUAUAUGUAAAUGUAUUCUAAAUGUUCUAUUUUUCUGCAUUGAGCUGGAAGAACAAUGUUGUGUUCUUGCUGUCUAUUUGACUAAAUGGCUUAAGGUCUGGUCCAAAUUCCAGAUUUUUCUGACGAGAACUGUAUACAAUUGUGAACUAGUACCUAAACUAAAAUCAGUUUGUUGUGGAACUUGCCAUCUAAUUUAAUCUGAAUGGGAAUAGAGACAUUCUGACCAACAUUUUAAAGUGAACAACCACAGAUUUUUAUUUUACAUGCCAUUUAGGAGUGGCUUUAUCUGAAAUAAUUUAUACCACAAUAAUAGAUGUUUUAGGACUAUAAAAUAAAAUUACAAAUGAAUAAUGAUUAUUGCGUACAAUUACCAAUAAUUUUGUUCCAUUUAAUAAUUCCCUGUCUACAAUGAAGCAUCAAUUUCUAGAUGGAUGCAGAUGUAAUUUACUGCUAUUAACAACAAUCUGUAAAAUGUUAACUUAAUUUAUAUAGAAAUAUUCUAAUAGUGCGAAUGAGUUAGGACUCCAUAACCGCUUCCUUUUCAUCAGGCAUUUACUCAUUAAAAUAAAGCCAGUUAUCAAUUACAGAUAGCUUGGUCCAUAAUUCACAAAGGUCCAUGUUUUAAACACCUUGAUUUUACUUUGCCUUUAUGAAAAUGAACCAUAAUUUUUGCUUGUGAUGUGAAAAAGCCUUACAAUUUAUGCACAAUUUUCCCCCUUUUUUUUCCUCUCUCGUCAGUGCUGUUUAAUUUGAUUUUAAACUAGUUUAAUGAGACACGUUUGGGGUUUUCAUGGAGGUUUUACAUAAUUCUGUGUUUAAUUCUGCGACCCACCCCGCACAUCUCGCAGCACUACGAGUAUCUAUUUGCAAGUAAAUGCACCUCUGCUCUGUCCAUUUAAGCUAUGCUGACAAUUGAUUCAGUAUAACCGUAGCAUGUAUCGUUCUGCUUUUUGAGCAUUUGCUAUGAUUUUCUUUUUUUCAACAUAACAUGUCAGCACCUCAGAGUUGGUUAACUUUUGUAGUCGCACCAGUGCAACCUCUUAUAAAAUUUGGUGUCACUGGGAGAAAAAAAUGGUCGCACUAUAGAGCCCUGCCUUAUUUGUGGAAGUUGAGUAAAGCCAGACAAUAGCGUCAGAACUUGCCAUGUCAAAAAAGUACAUUUUCCAGUUUUCCUGUACAGUAUGCAUCAGACAGAAUCAUUUUGUAUUCGCAUUGUGACUAGCACGGUCACCCUUAGUACAACACUGCAAGACAAAUGGUAUGUGAAGAGAAUAUUUAGACCGGGAAAGAAUGGAAGAGGAAAUGUGAAGGUUUUUAAGCUCUCAAAUCAAAUCAAAUCACUUUAUUGUCACACUACCAUGUACACAAGUGCAACAGUAGGUGAAAUUCUUGUGUGCAGUUCCGAGCAACAUAGCAGUCAUGACAGUGACAGACAUAUACCAAGGUCUCUCAGAAUGAGACCUAACAAGAAUGUCUUGAAAAAUGAAAUGGUACAUCUGUAGAAAAAAGAAAUGGAGUACAAACAUUGGUAUGUAUUUUUGUGAUGAUUGAGUUGUGCUGUAUAAUGUUGCAAAGUGUCACCUGUGAUGUCCAGUGUUUUUGGAGUUUGAGUCUGACAGUAACCAAGGAAGAUCGAGCUGCUUUUGUGAUUAAUGAUAUUUGUUUAGAUAAGCAUGUGUUGAAGCCACUGUUUGUCUUCCUUUCCAUUUAGAGUGAAAGUCUUGUGUUUUAUAGCAAUCAGGUGUUUGUACAGUUGGCUUUGAUUGAAUUUUCAGUUUUUCCCUCUGCUGUAGAUGCUGGUGACAGUAAUCAGGUUGGUGUGCUGCUUCAGAAUUGCUGUUCAUGUCCAGUCUGUAAUAUUUAGUCAGUCCACAUGGUCCUGGUUUUGUUUGCUUUUUAAUCUGUGAUGCUUUCAUUUAUGCCUUUACAUUUCAGGUGUGAUUACCUGUAUGUAGAGCGAUGUACUGUAAUAUACCUGCUACAGUGUUCAUAAUUUAAGUGUCAUCUGAUCUGAGGGAACUCUGGACCUCAAAGGAAAUGGGAUGUGUAUGACUGCUAAUAUAGCCUUUUAAUUCAGUAAUCACAUUAAACUCUUCAGGGGUCUUAAGUUUCAGUUCAUGAAAUGUAUAUUUGAAUGUUUAAAUAUUUCAUUUGUGACUCUGUAAUGCAUGAUUUUCUCCUCAAUUUAUCCUCCCCCUUUUGUCGCAUCUGUCAUUCACAUGUAUAUUUUGCAUUAAUCCAGACCAAAGUCAAAUCGGCAGAGACAAUCUCAGGAAGUGCUGUUUAAAUACAGUAACUCCUCUCUUAUCAUUCUGCCAUGGGCAGGGCCACUGUUUAAUGAGUGAGUGGUUAUAAUCAUGGUUAUGUUGAAUAGCGUUUAUGCAUGCAUGCUUGUGUGUUUUAGUUUUAUGAAACAUCCUUUUGUCUAGAGCCUUCUAAAGGUAUCAAUGUGUCCUAAUGAUUUUCUCAUAUCCCUUUUAUUUGGCAAGUUUAAACUGAAGAAUAGUUCGGGAGAGCAAGAUCAUUCAGGAAUUGUUUAAUUUAUUUUGUUUAAAUACUGUUUCUUUGUUCAACUUAAAUUAGUGUGGGUUUCCUGUCCUAACAUAUGUGUGUUAAUAGUUAUAAGAUGUUAUUUCAGAUUAUUUUCUAUAUUUGGCAAUAUGCUCUUUGUGCGCAAAUUGUGUAGGGACUGUGCCACUAAAAUUAAAUCAGUGGACCUAGUUUUAUUUUUUUAUCUGAAUUAAUGGGUUUGAUUCAUAACCGGCUGUUGAAAUGAAAUGUAUUAAGUUUUGUUGCUAAUCUUAUCCUCUGUAGGCUAUAAGCUUUUUGGAAUUGUAAGUGUUGAAGUAGCAAGUAUUUACCCAAACUUUUUUUUAGGGGGGUAGGUUCUGUGCUGGAAGAGAAUAGGCAUAGCAACUGCUGAGUGAAGUGUUUUUGGAUGACAUUGUAGAUGUUUCAUGAAAACAUGUGAAGGGAAGUGGAAGAAAAAAUAAAUAAAAUUAUGAAUCAGUAUGGUUUUAUUCUUGA